AUGACUCUAUCGAUUACACCUUAAAAGUGCAAAGCACUUCUAGUAGGCCUCAAGAUAUUUGCCAAAAUAUUUUUCGUCUGAGAAAUUGAAGGGAAAGCAAUUAAGAGAAAAUGGCUUGCUUUGGAUUGCAGCCAAUGUAGAGAGUAAUUAUAUAUAUUCAAUAUAAUUCAGUGAUAAAAGAUGCUCUAAUAUAGAGAUUUUUUUAAUCAGAUAAGAAGAAUCAUUACUCAAAUAAUCACCAAUUUAAUUAAUAGGCUUGGGAAAUAUAAAUGAAUAAGUGAUUAAAUCUAGAAUUACUUUAGACACAUCAACCCUAAUAAGAAGAAGACUAUGCUAAAUUCUAAGAUGCAUAUAUCGAUAACUUAACUUAAAAAAAAGCCCAAUUAUUUCAAAAUUCCUUGUCCAUCUACUGUGAUAAUAAAUAUUAAGGCAAAGACAUGGAAAAUUUGAGUUGUGAAAAAAAGAUAACAAAACUAUUAUUAAGGUGUAUUUAUAGUUUUAUGACAUUAGAUAGCAGCAAUUAUGUUAGAUAUGAAUAUCUUUUAAUUUAGAAUUAUCAAAUUUUUUUAAUCAAAAAAAUAAUUUAUCAAUCUAUUUAUAUAUAAAAUUAUAGUAAAUAAAUCAAAGGAUGAAGUUUGUGUCUGCUUAUCAUCCAACAUCACAAAAUUAAUUGACUUAAUUGAUUGCUAUAAGUAAAAUGCUCCAAUGGAUUGAAUAUAAUCUUAAGUAUGCUGCUAAGUUAUUUAUUUAAUCCAAUAAAUAACGAGUUUUUAAUGUAAUCAUCCACCUUCAUAUAUUAUAGAAAGUAUCAUACAUUGAGGAAUCAUUAAUUUAUCAUACCUAAUAUUUACCUAAUCUUAUAAAGGCCGUAGCUCAAGCUUAUGAAUUAGGUUUGUAGCACCCUGAAGAAUAUUUUGAGACUCCAGGUACUUGGUUGACAUUUGAUUUUGACAAUCAUCCAGGAAUGGUAAACAUUUUAUUUAUAUUUCUUAGGAAAUUGGUAUUAUGACUUAUACACAUGGUUUGACAAUUGACUUAACCUUAUAAUAAUAUAAAGAAUAUAUUUCUGAAGCAAAAUUAGAUGAGAAUGAAGAUUUUAAACAAAUUUUAGAAUUAUAUUAAUAAGCUUUAGAAUAUAGUAAAAGCUUAAGGGAUUUAAGUGAUAAAUUUAGAGUUAAGAAAGAGAUAUCACUUGAAGAAUUCUAUUAAUAAAUGCCUAUCUUUAAUAUCAAAAAAAUAGAGGAUUAAAUUAAUCAAAUUCUUGAUCACAUUCUGGCAAAGAAUGAUGAUUCUAAAGACUAUUUUAUAGCAUUAAAGUUGAAAAAACUUUAUUCAAUUUUCAGAUUAACAGGAGUAUUAGGACAAAUUAGAUUAGCUGGUGAAGAUUUAACAGAUGUAUUAAUUCUUUUUAUAUUUAAGAUUAAUAAAAUCAAACCGAUGAUUAAANUUUUAUAUUAUUGUGAUAUGUAAUAAUGAUAAUUUAUUUUGGAAGUUGAUAAUAGAAAAAAAUUAUAAUUAAUUUUUAAAAUAUGACUCUAUCGAUUACACCUUAAAAGUGCAAAGCACUUCUAGUAGGCCUCAAGAUAUUUGCCAAAAUAUUUUUCGUCUGAGAAAUUGAAGGGAAAGCAAUUAAGAGAAAAUGGCUUGCUUUGGAUUGCAGCCAAUGUAGAGAGUAAUUAUAUAUAUUCAAUAUAAUUCAGUGAUAAAAGAUGCUCUAAUAUAGAGAUUUUUUUAAUCAGAUAAGAAGAAUCAUUACUCAAAUAAUCACCAAUUUAAUUAAUAGGCUUGGGAAAUAUAAAUGAAUAAGUGAUUAAAUCUAGAAUUACUUUAGACACAUCAACCCUAAUAAGAAGAAGACUAUGCUAAAUUCUAAGAUGCAUAUAUCGAUAACUUAACUUAAAAAAAAGCCCAAUUAUUUCAAAAUUCCUUGUCCAUCUACUGUGAUAAUAAAUAUUAAGGCAAAGACAUGGAAAAUUUGA